ACGUGAUUCAGCGGUGAAAGGUUAGUGCAGUCAUGGCGUCUUCCACAGAAGGAGCAAGCGUGAGUGAAACGCCGAGCAAGAAGAAAUACAAAAACAAACAAAAUGAAGUUGAUGAGUCUGAGCUUCUGACAGUUCCUGAGGGAUGGAAGGACAUCCCAUUUACCAAAGAGGACAAUCCGAAGGGUUUGUUGGAGGAAAGCAGUUUUGCCACUCUGUUCCCCAAAUAUAGAGAAGCUUACUUAAAGGAGUGUUGGCCUCUUGUGCAGAAAGCACUAAACGACUCUUACAUCAAAGCAACCCUAGACUUGAUUGAGGGUAGUGUGACAGUCAGCACCACAAAAAAGACAUUUGAUCCAUACGCCAUUAUAAGGGCUAGAGAUCUGAUAAAACUGCUUGCAAGAAGCGUUCCAUUUGAUCAGGCUGUGCGAAUUCUUCAGGAUGAUGUGGCCUGCGACAUCAUCAAAAUUGGGACUUUAGUCAGAAACAGAGAAAUAUAUGUGAAGAGGAGAGAGAGACUGAUAGGACCAAAAGGAUCAACUCUUAAGGCUCUUGAGCUUUUGACAAACUGUUACAUUAUGGUACAGGGGAACACAGUGUCUGCCCUGGGACCUUACAAUGGCUUGAAGGAAGUCAGAAAGGUUGUUUUGGAUACAAUGAAGAAUAUACAUCCAAUAUAUAACAUUAAGACUUUGAUGAUCAAACGGGAGCUCGCCAAGGACCCUGAGCUGCGUACACAGAGCUGGGAGAGGUUCCUGCCCCACUUCAAGCACAAAAAUUUGAGCAAACGGAAACAGCCCAAGAAGAAGACAGUGAAGAAAGAGUACACACCCUUCCCUCCAGCUCCACCAGAGAGUCAGGUUGAUAAGGAAUUGGCAAGUGGCGAGUUCUUCCUCCGGCAAAGUCAAAAGAAACGGAAGAAGAUGGAAGAAGUUAAGGUGAAACAAGCUGAAGCUUUAAGCAAGAAGCAAGAAGAAAGAAAGAAAGCCUUUAUUCCUCCCAAAGAAAAGCCUGUUGUGAAAGUGAAAAAAGCUCCUAAGGAAACUAAAAUCGAUGUUGAAGCUAUCAAGGAAAAAGUUAAGAAGGCAAAGCAUAAGAAGCUUGGAGCUCCCCCGACUAACCCAGAUCUGCCCUCAUCCUCUGCCUCUGAAAAGAAAAAAAAGAAAAAAGCCUGAACUGGCUUUCCGUAAGAACUUUCUGAGAAAUCUUGGUCUCCUGUAGCCUUAGCUGUGUUCUAUGCUGACACUGGCUGUAUUUUUUAUAACUCCAUCUAAUUUAUAAUAAAAUCACAUCAUAUAACCAAGGUUUUUUAAGCAUUUAUUUCACUAACAACUGCAAAGUCUGAUUUUAUUGUAUUAUAAGGACUGUAGUUUUUUAUAAUAAGUUUGUGAUAUACAAAAAUCUGCUUUGAAGUUUCUAAUAUUUCUCCACAAAUGUAAAAAAUCAGAAAAGCAAAGACUGCCACACUAGAUUAUUCUGUUAUUUACCAUUCUGAGGUGUAUCACGUGGCAAUUGUUAAUAACUGCAAUAAAAUGACUAGCUUAUAGGUGUCGUAAAAAAAAGCCAAUUUAAAGAUGAGCCUUGUAUUUUGUAUACAUUACAGUAUAGUUAAAAUGCAUCAUAUGUCAUUGUAUGGGCUUGGAAGACUUCUUGGUUUGCAAAUUUGAAAUUCUGCAUUACAAACUAUUAAAUUAAGUUAUAAUUAAAUAUUGCCAAAUGUAAUCUAUUAAAUUUGAAUAUCAAGCCUUGCUGACAGGAAAAUGUGUAAAGAAUUUAAGGUGUGAUAUCACCAAAGAGGUGUAUCCUGUUAAUGCUUUCGGUGUGGAAGUUUCUUCUGUUUUUAGAGAGAGACCUGCAUCUGCUUCAGAAACUGCCGUACACAUCCAAGGUGAACAUACCUUGUGAAUGGCGGCUAUUUACUUAAAAUAUUUCAGGAAAAUGUUUUUAUAAUAAGAAUUUACAUGUUUAUACCUGAAAGUGUUUCAGGAAUUUAUUAUGGGUUAAAUUUUCAAGAUGCGUUGGGAAAAGCUUCUCUUUUAAAGUAAGCUAUUACAAGAAACUUAGUUAUUUGUGUAAGGGGUUACAAAUAAAUGCCUUGGGAGGAAAUUGCUUUUAA